AUGGGGUGUCUAAUCAGUCGAGAAGUCUCAUCUGGUAUAAUAUCUGAGGUGAAGGAGGAGGAGAAUCUGAAUGUUCAGUCUAAUAGGAAGGUGGAUGAUGUCUCAGCUAGGAAAGUAGAUACGAAUGUUGUUGAGGCUCAUAAUGGUGGGAUAAAGGAGGGGGAGAAGGAUGGUGGUGAAGGGGGUCAGCGGCCACCGGGGGAGAGAAGGUCUAGGGCGAACCUGAGGCAAAGUAAUCUACCAAAGCAUUCACGACGAGAGCAGCUUGUAGCUGGGUGGCCACCCUGGCUCACAGAUGUGUGUGGGGCAGCACUCACUGGGUUGAUUCCACGGAGGGCAGACUCUUUUGAGAAGAUUGACAAGAUUGGGCAGGGAACAUAUAGUAACGUGUACAAAGCUAGAGAUAUAUUGACGGGUAAACUUGUUGCGCUGAAAAAGGUUCGUUUUGAUAAUUUGGAACCUGAGAGUGUGAGAUUUAUGGCUAGAGAGAUACUCAUUUUGCGGCGUUUGGAUCAUCCCAAUGUUGUCAAGUUAGAGGGUUUGGCUACAUCAAGGAUGCACUGUAGUUUGUACCUGGUCUUUCAGUACAUGGAGCAUGAUUUAGCUGGCCUUGCUGCUAGUCCGGGAAUUAGAUUUACAGAGGCUCAGGUCAAAUGUUACAUGCAUCAAUUACUAUCUGGACUUGAGCACUGUCACAACCAUGGAGUGCUUCACCGUGACAUUAAAGGAUCAAAUCUUCUUAUUGACAAUAGUGGAAUACUAAAGAUUGCUGACUUUGGGUUGGCUUCUACCUUUGAUCCAAACCAAAAACGCACCAUGACUAGUCGGGUGGUCACUCUUUGGUAUCGACCUCCUGAACUCCUUCUUGGGGCUACUGAUUAUGGAGUGGGCAUAGACCUUUGGAGUGCAGGUUGCAUUUUAGCUGAGUUAUUGGCUGGAAAACCAAUUAUGCCAGGCCGUACAGAGGUAGAGCAACUGCAUAAGAUAUACAAGCUAUGUGGCUCACCUUCUGAUGAAUACUUCAAAAAAGCAAAAUUGCCUAAUGCAACCUUAUUCAGGCCCCGAGAACCUUACAAACGAUGCAUUAAAGAGACAUUUAAAGAUUUCCCUCCAUCAUCAUUGCCCCUUAUUGAUACUCUUCUUGCAAUUGAUCCAGCAGAAAGGCUGACGGCCACUGCUGCAUUAAGAAGUGAGGUUAAGCCCUCACUGCCAUAUGAUUUGGAGUCAAUGGGCAUUGGGGGUCAAUUUGUUUACGAAAUACUCCAUGUCAAAGUUUUUCUUAUUGUUGGUGUUAAUGGUUUGCAUGGACAUGCCUUGUAUCCAUUUCUAGAUCCUAACAUGUUAAGAGCUGCCGGUAAAGUCCAGGCUGAGGGUGUAAAGAAAACACGCACCCGUGAUCGUGCUGUUAGGGCAUUUCCAGCUCCAGAAGCUAACGCUGAGCUUCAAUCUAAUCUUGAUAGAAGGCGUCUUAUUACCCAUGCAAAUGCAAAGAGCAAGAGUGAGAAGUUUCCUCCACCACACCAGGAUGGACAACUUGGCUUUCCCUUGGGUGCUUCUCAGCAUAUCGAUCCUGCAAUUGUUCCACGAGAUGUCCCUUUUAGUUCAACCACAUUCACUUAUUCAAAAGAGCCAUUCCAAACUUGGUCAGGUCCGAUUGGUGAUGCUGGUGGCAUUCACGCUCCAAGGCGGAAAAAGCAUGCCGCAG